CCCGGGCCGGAGGCGGCCGGGGAGGGCAGCGCGCGCCCCGCGCAGACCGCAGAGGCGGGCGCCGCCGUCCAGCCGCCCCCACGCCCGGCCCUCGGCGCGGCGAUGGGCGCGGCUGCCUGCCCUUGCCCUGCCCCCCGUCCCUCCCGGUACUUUCCAGCCCCGCGAACCCGCGAGAGACCCGCGGACCGCGGGCGUCCCGCUGCCAGACGCGGGUUUGGAGCUUUUCGGCGGUCGGAGACCUGGUGAGACCAGAGAGGAGUGGGAUUCCCACCACACCAGGGCUGGAGAAAAUACCAGAGAAGCACUAAGGGAAGCUGGAUGCAGCAAUAAGUCAGCUAUCUGCAAACUGGAAGAGGGCUCUCACCAGAAUUCAAUCAUUUUGGACCAUGAUCUUGGACUUCCAACCUCCAGAACUGUUUAAUUGGCUUCCUUUCCUUCUGGACCUGUGUGAGAGUACUUGGAGCAGUGACUGCCAUCUGGUGGCAAGCCAGAAUCAUCACUUUGUGUAAUCUAAUGGUUACCAGGAUGCCCACUCUUGCUUCACAUGGUAUGCACUGGCAUCAGGGCACAAAGAGAGCCUGGAAGGUGUCUGAUGAACGAGCCUAGUGAAAUAGCCUUUUACUUCCACCUGAAUGGGUUGUUUUCAUCCCAGAUUCUGAGCCAAGAGCCAGCUCCAAAAUGGUGCCUCUGAAGAAAAGAUUUGAAUUGUUUUUGUGUUUUAGUCUAAGAUCUGCUGGUUACCCACCAGCAGAUAACCAAGACUGUGAAUAAGCACACACCAAAAGGGGCAUGUGAUGUCAUGGAGCCUGAAAUAAACUGCUCCGAAUUGUGUGACAGUUUUCCUGGCCAGGAGCUGGAUCGGAGUCCUCUUCAUAAUCUCUGCAGGACAAUUACCUCUUCCCAUUAUAGCAGUAAGACCAUUUCCUCAUUAUCUCCUGUUCUCUUGGGUGUUGUUUGGACCUUUCUCAGCUGUGGACUUCUUUUGAUAGUCUUCUUUCUUGGCUUCACAAUUCGCUGCAGGAAUAACAGGAUUGUGAAGAUGUCCAGUCCCAACCUGAACAUCGUGACCUUACUUGGCAGUUGUCUGACUUACAGUAGCGUUUACCUCUUCGGGAUUCAAGAUCGAGAUGCUUUAGCGGGAGGCUCAAUGGAAACUCUCAUUCAGAUAAGACUAUCCAUGCUGUGCAUUGGGACCUCCCUUGUGUUUGGCCCCAUUCUGGGGAAGAGCUGGCGACUCUACAAGGUGUUUACCCAGAGGGUCCCGGACAAGAGAGUGAUAAUCAAAGACCUGCAGCUACUGGGGUUGGUGGCAGCCCUGGUGAUAGCAGACGUGAUCCUGCUUGUGACGUGGGUGCUGACUGAUCCCAUCCAGUGCCUCCAGAUUCUCGGUGUCAGUAUGACGGUGACAGGGAGAGAUGUGUCCUGCUCUCUGACCAGCACACACUUCUGUGCUUCCCGGUACUCUGAUGUCUGGAUUGCUCUUGUUUUGGUAUGCAAGGGCCUGCUGCUGCUAUAUGGUGCCUACCUGGCUGGCCUGACUGACCACGUCAGCUCUCCUCCUGUGAAUCAGUCUUUAACCAUCAUGGUUGGGGUCAACCUCGUAGUAGUGGCCGCUGGGCUUCUGUUUGUGGUCACCAGAUACUUGCACUCCUGGCCCAACCUGGUCUUUGGACUCACAUCUGGAGGUAUCUUUGUUUGCACAACCACAAUCAACUGCUUCAUCUUCAUUCCCCAGCUGAAACAGUGGAAGGCAUUUGAAGAGGAAAACCAAACAAUCAGACGCAUGGCCAAAUAUUUCAGCACUCCCAGCAAAAGCUUCCAUAUGCAGUAUGGUGAGGAGCAGAAUUGCCACACUAGAGGAGAGAAGAACUCCAUGGACAGACUCCUCACAGAAAAAAAUGCUAUGAUUGAAAGCCUGCAGGAACAAGUAAACAACGCCAAAGAGAAGCUAGUGAGGCUGAUGUCGGCUGAGUGUACCUUCGACCCCCCAGAGUGGGCCGUCCCUCCCACCUCUUCCCACAGCAAGAACAGCCUGACUGCAGCCUCUGCCCACAGCCUGGUAGCUCAAGGGCCUUUGGAAUGCCUCUCUGACUCUCAGAAUGAUACCAGUAUAGUUGCCCAGGACUCCCAGAGCACCUCAGUGCCCUCUUCAAGUGUACAAAGCCUGGAGGGGGCUGUGAAAGACACCAGCUCCUCCUCAGGGCAGAAGGAAAAAAUUCCUAACUUCAAAGACUUUUCUGGUCAUUUAAAUUUGGGCUGCAGCCAGAAGCCACAGCCUGAGCAAAGCCGAGGUGCAGAAAGAAGAGACCAAGUACCCAUGAACCCCCACCAGAGUGUCAUACCAGGUGGAGAAGGCCCUGUUCCCCAGAGACAAGGGCAGCUGGAGAACUCAGAGGAGCCCCAAAAGCGGCUGUCAAGGGUCAAUUCAGUGAUCAGGGAGAAGCUUCAGGAAGUCCUGCAAGAUCUGGGCCUGGGCCCUGAGGCUCCUCUCCCCUCUUCCCCAUCUUAUACACAGCAGCCCUGGAAGAACCCCCAGAAGAUUCCCCUCUCCAAGGAGCUGGGCUUCAGCCCGUACAUGGUGAGGAGAAGGCGGGCAGCACUGCGGGCUCGCUCACACUUUCCAGGCUCUAUACCCUCAUAUGUGGGGCAUCAGGCAAAUAGGACUGUAUCUGGGGCACGUGGUGGGCUAAAUGUGCAGAAUAGGGACAGUCUCUGCCUGGAUCCCCAAACUGCUGGUUCCAGGGCACCAAAACCCUCUUCCAGGAAGCCUUCACUAUUCCCAGAUCCACAAGGCAAGCUGGGCACCCUGGAGGGCAGCAAACAAAGCCAGACAGAGCCCCAGGGUACCAGAGGGAGCCAGGCAGCCUUUGCUCACCAGCCUUCUGGCUCUGACCAAGCACAGCGUCCUGCCGCCCCACACCUAUCCAGAGCUUCACCAGACGUGCCUGAGCAGCGGCAGCUGCUGUCCCUGGGAUUCCCAGACCGUCCAUCCAUGUCUUCUCCGUGCAACUACCUUGACACUGAGUCCAGCAGUUCAGAUGAGUUCUUCUGCCACUGCCACCGGCCCUACUGUGAAAUCUGCUUCCAGAGCUCCUCUGAUUCCAGUGACAGUGGCUCAUCAGACAGUGACCCUGACCCUGCUGGGGGGCUGGCUUCCUGGGAAAAGCUGUGGGCCCACUCAAAGCCUAUCGUGAACUUCAAAGAGGACUUGAAACCCACACUGGUGUGAAAAGCAGCAGAGUGGGUGUGGAUAUAGAGGUUGGUCCAGGACAAGCCAUACCAAUGCCUGUAGGAGGAAGGCCAGUUCUGGCCUUUAGGGAACAGACCAGUGCCCUGAACUGAUCAAGCUUUUACCAUGUUUCAGCUAUGCUCACUUGAGUACUGUGUUACCUUGAGCACUUCUUGAUCUAUAAAAUGAGGGGGGUUGCCUAUCUUGUUACUACCUCACAGCAUUCCUAUAAAAGACUCCAGUGACCGUAAAAGAUAACUUCUCGAUAAAAGGUGCUAAGUGAGAACAGAGGGUUUUCUGUCCUGGUCAGCCUGUAUUCUACAAAACUCUUAAUAUAUACUAGGUGGGUCACUAUAUGGACUAUACAGAUGGAAACAUGGAAGGAAAAUUUGUGCAGAACCAGAGUUGUAGACAGCGACCAAUCAAACUGGCCUUCUGAUGGACAGGCCUGCUAAGAAGAUAGGUCUCUUACGUUCUUGGGUGCCCCACUCUUGGCAGGGGAUGGUUUUACUUCUGCUGAAGCUUGUGAACACCACCACCCUAAUUUCCAGCUUCUGGCCAGCCUCGGCUCAGAGCCACCUUUACACCACUAUUUGGUGUACAUGUGUUUCCACCAUUAUGGCAUCUCACCAUCAUCCCUGAGACUGUCAGGUCUCCAUGUGCCCAUAGGCUACCCAGAUCUCACUCCUGACCUCGGAUAACACCAGAGGCCCAGACUGUCUCCUGGUCCCUGUGGCCCUUCCCUUUGACUCUACCAGGGGUACAGUUUUGUACUGGGGGUGUAGGAUCACAAAAUGAUGGUUUCUGAUGGGGUAGGAGAGGUCCUAUUUGCCAAGAGGUAUUUUGGGGGCCAUUGGAAUUACAUGACCACCAACGGCUACAUAAACCUGGAAAUAGAAGAUGGGAAAAUACAAAGGAAGAAAUGGGGGAGAGGCAGGAAAGAAAAUAGGCUUUGAAUAUUUAACUUGAGUCUGGCAUGGUCCUCGGCAAUAUAAAAUUUCAGUAAUUCCUUAUUAUAUCCCUGUGCAGUAGGUGCUCUCGUUCCCAUUUUACAGAUGGGGAAUUUGCAGCUUAGAGAGCUGAGGUCACUUCCCCAGACAUCACACUGCUAGAGAGUGGCUCGUGCGUGACUUGCCCUCAGUUCAUGGGACUCCAGGUUGGUAGAUUUCCCUGAGGACACAUCUCUUCACUCAUUCUCCUGAGAGAGUCUGGCAGCGCUUGGCAGGCCAGACAAUAAAGCAAGGGUAGUGUAGGGAAGCUGAGAGAUGCUCACCCUGCAGUUCCAGAUCACAAAACUGGGUUCCUGGCCUCAGGUAGCAGCCCUCCACUUCUCACUGCCCCAGGGGCCCACCCGCAUCUCCCAAGGGAGCCAGGGAGUUGGUGAAGAGUGAGUGCCAGGAACUUAACCACCACCAGUGCCACAGGGAAAGCACUGGUGGGUCCACUUUGCUUUAAGCGAUUGUUGUUUACAGGCCGUCCCCUGCCCCCACCCACUGUGUGUCCGUCUUUGUGUAUACACAUUUGUGUGCAGGAGUUUGGGCCUCAUUAGAAAAGCUUGGAGCAGGGGCACUUGGUUCCAAAUCUCUCCCAGAAGAUUUAUCCUGAACGCUCAGGGCUGCCAACACCUCGGGAAUCUCCGGACACUGGACUGGGAAGCCCUCCUGGUAGCACAGAUUCCUCUAUCGUUUACUUUUAAAUACAAAUGUCAUAACUUAUUCUGUGUGUGGGUUUGUAGCUUCCACCUGUGCUGUUUGUAUGCUGUCCAAACAACCCCUUAAUAAAUAAGAAAUGUCUCCCCAAACAAGUCUCUAGAAAUUAUAGUCCCGUGCUGCAGAGGAGAGGAACAGAGAAGCCUCUGUGAACCACCAAGGGAGUGGACACGAAGCAGCCACCAGAGUUGCCACUGGCUCAGCCCAGGUUCCAAGUAGAUCUUCUGCCAAACUCACAUUUGUAACAGAUUCUUCUGUGGUCUCCCUGUGCAGCUUUCUAUCCCAGAAACACCUGCCCCAGUGGAGAGAGAAAACUCUGGAGACCCUUGACUCUUCCCCCCCCCCCCCCCAUGGUGGCGGGUCCUGUGGUUGGGCUUUAGCUUCUUUCAUUCUAGUAUGUCACCUCUAGAAGUCUAUCACUCACUUAUGUGGACUAUGCAUGCUCUAAACCUGGCAAUCCCUCUAGCCUUCUCACUCUCUCUGCGACUAUACCGUCAGUCCCAUCACUUGGCACUUCCACACCUCCAUCCCUCUUCUAUCUAGAAUUUCUUUCUCCACUUUGUGCACCUUGUGAAUUAUUCAUCUUUCAAGACUCAGGUAGAGUCUUGAACACCCCCAAAGGGAAUGGACUGAUCCCCUAGUUAAAGGAUAUUUUGGGGUCCAUAUUUUGAACUCCACUAUAUAGAAACUUCUAUUAUCCAUUUUACCUAGAAUGAUUUUGUAACCUUUGAUAGACUUGAUUGAAGAGAUGGAGAAUCUACCCUGAAUUUUCCUUUUUUGUCAUUUGGUUUAAAAACUAUGUGCCAAAUAUCAUGACAGCCCCCAGAUACUGUCUCCAAAUCUAUUGUUUACUCUGUGUACCCACCCCCACUCUUCACCAGCUCCUUUCCUAAAUCUUUUACCCCAAACCAGAUAAUCCAGUGACAAAAUUCUUAAAAGGAUGAGUGUGUCAUGACUUUUGGAUGCUCUUGACUGUUAGGCUCUUGAGGAAAGGGCAGUAACUUGUGCAAAGGAAUCCUGGAGAAGGAAAUGUUGCUUCUGCUACUAUGCUCUGGAUUAGAUAUAUCUAUUGGUUUUAAGGUCUGGCAUGGAGCCAGACCUGAUUCUGACCCAGGCAUAUGUUGUUCUGCUGAUUGAAAUCUUGGGGUUGGAGGUGUCCAUCCUGAUUCCAAAGUCUAUUCCUGUCUCUUGGCCUGUGACAAACUCUUUCCUUAAAGGAUCGACUUGGCCUUCCUGGAGCUCAUAGCAGAGAAAAAAGCAUCAGAAUGUAGGAGGCUUGUUUUUAAAGAACCAUAUCAUUUCUAAAAUCGUAAAGAGAAAAGUCAAUGUAAGUUCCACAAAAUCUCUUCUGUGUCU